AUGGGAGCUAAUAUAGCUUGUGAAGUUGCAGAAGGAACAUUUUGUGAAGCAACAGUUGGUUCACGAAAUUAUGAACAUGGACAACUAGUUAAAAGUCUUAUUCAAACAAAUGAAUUUCGUAUUAUUAUUAAACCAGAUAAAGAAGUUAUUGAAGUUCUUGGUGCACUAGAAAAUAUUGUUGCAUUUGCUGCUGGAUUUUCUGAUGGAUUAGGUUAUGGUAAUAAUACAAAAGCUGCUGUUAUUCGUCUUGGGUUAAAAGAAAUGGUAGAAUUUUGUAAAGAAUUCUUUCCUGCACAUCAUCCAGAAAUAUUUUUGAAAUCAUGCGGCGUUGCUGAUCUUGUAACAACAUAUUAUGGUGGUCAUGAUCGUAAAGCAGCUGUAGCAUUUGUCAAAACAGGAAAAGAUAUUAAAACACUUGAAAAAUAA